AUGUGUAUGGAUGAUAUCAUUUUGGCUGGAAACUCCAUGGAUGAAAUUGAUAGAUUGAAAACCAAACUUUAUGUUGAAUUUAAAAUCAAAUACUUUGGCAAGUUAAAGUACUUCAUAAGAGUAGAAGUUUCUCAUUCAAAAAUUGAAAUUAUUAUCUGUCAAAGAAAGUAUUUCUUGAAUUUGUUGAAAGACACAUGUCUCUUUGAGUCUAAACCUGUCAAAACUCAUAUUGAUCCAUCUUUUAAUUUGUAUCAGGACACAUACAAGCCUUUUGAAGAUAUUCUAAACUAUAGAAGGUUAGAUGGGAAGCUACUUUAUCUCUUACCUACCAGGUCUGAUAAUUCCUUUAAAUACAUCAAAUAA